UUGACAUUUUGAUAUCUUUUACAAAAAUUUACUUCCCAAAGAAAUGUAAAUUUUCUCAAGAUUUUAUUAAAAUUCUGUUCCUCAUCGUAGUUAAUCAAAUAAUAAAAAAGUUAGUUCUUUAGACAAAGAAUGGACAAAGAUUCAGACAGCACUGUUACCUCUCUCGAUGAAAACACUGAAAAUUUCUGCAACAAUCCAACGCGAGACAUCCUAGCCGAAGGCAUAAUCAAUUUAUUCAAGCCAUCCGUAGAUCGCUUAGACGAACGAAUAACUGCUACUAGAGCAGCACAAGCUGAACUCAAAAUCCAAUUGGAUGCUUUAGCCGAUCAAUUGAAAGAAAUCGAAAAAGCUCAAGCGACAAUCCCCGAAUUUUCGGACAAAGUUAAAGAACUAAUCAACGUCAAACACAAGGUCACUGUUAUUGCAAAUAUUCUCACAACUAGCCAGGAGCGACUUAACAAUUUACAUAAGCUAAUCGAUAAGGAGCAAGAGCGAAGAGCUGCUCUUCUUGAAUCCGCAAUUUCAUCGAAUAUUUAA